AUGACAAUAGGCCAACUAAUUCCCUUGGCUUUUUUAACUGUGGAUUUUUCAAAUACAGUAACUAGUCAAUCCAAUGAUAAAUCAGAUAACCAUAAAAGUAUGGGUUCUAGUAGAGAAUCAAAUAUUCAUAAGAGAAGUCAAUCUGCUAUUAAAGGGAAUAGCAGUAAUUAAUUGAACUCGCACAGCUAAAAUACCUAUGGCAAGUAAUCUCAAUUUUCGUUCUCACCUCUUAAAUAAGGUAUCAAAUAUCUGAAAUUAAUGUAAUUAGAGUAAUAGAAAAACGGCUAAGUAAUAGUAACCAAUAAAAUUGAGAAUGAGGAAGAAAAAAUCCAGUUAAUCAAAGUAAAAUCUGAAACUAAUAAGCAAAUUAGCCAAAGCAAUGGUCAGUUGAGCAGUAUUUUAAAUAUCAAUGCUAAAUAUAAUUAAAAUAAUCAUGUUCAGAAUAUCACCAACUAUGAUAUCAUUAAUAGGAUAUCAUCAAAGGAGUAACUUAACAAGAUUCUAUCAAAUCUAUCCAAUCAACAUAAUGACAAAUUAUUUAAUGGUACGGACUAAAAUAAUGGUAUCCCAUAAGCUAGUACAAAUGAUACAGUAGAUUAAUAGAAUAAAAUCAUACUAGUCAACAACCAAGAAUACGCAUAGAAGGUUCUUGAUGCAAUACUAAUCUAGUCUAUGGCUAAAAUAAAUUUAAGAGUAAUAGAUGGGAAAGCACUUGAUCCCCCUGAAUUAUCCAUAAAUGGGCACGGUCUAGAAAAUAUCUAGGGAUUAAGAGGCCAAAAUGAUGGAAUCGUUUACUUCGGUGCUAAAAGGUAUGAUAAAAAUGAUGAUCUAGAUAAUUAUCCCUUUAAUGACUAUGUCUUUGAGCAGGAUCCUGAUGAUUUCAUCAACUACUUUGGUGAUAGACAUUUCAUGAUCUAGUAUGAUUACGAUGCUAACAGAUAUUUACUAAGAGAUUCAGGGAUGGGUUCAGGGACGUUUUUGAAGAUUCAAAGAGAUCAUAUCUUGAAAUCAGGUUAACUAAUAUCAAUAGGCAAAGACUUAAACUUCCUAGUUGUAAUAGAUAAACAGACCAAUGAUGACAGCUUUGUAAACGAAAAUAUGUUUAACGAGAACCAAGAGUAUAAUCCAAAUAAUAUCUCAGCAGCAUCAAAUGAUUUGAAUCAGAUUAUUUAAAACAUAUCUAUAAACUUUGUGGAGAACUUACUUAGCAAGAAUGAUUCUUCGCUUCUGAAUGCAAAGUACGAUUUAAAGAAGGGGCCUUAUCUCGACUGUAAUGCCGUAUUGACUUCAUUGAUAAUAAGUGGAUUCUAAAGGAUGGAAAUGGAAAAGAUAAAAAGAGUACCAAUGGGACUUGGCUUUGGGAACCUAAAGUAGAAGAAUUCAGUAAAUACACAUAACAUUAUUGACGAUGCUAUAGAAUUUAUGUUUGAGGAUAGAGAGGUAGAUGAAAGGUUUUUGCAUAAAUUAGAAGUAAUAGGAGUGCUGAGGGGUAAUUUGGAUCCUCUCACUUAGUAUGUUGAUGAGAUAGCUUAUAAAAAUUUAGACUAUAAAAUGAGAGAUCAUCCAGAUCCAACUGUAGGAAAAAUGAUUAAAAUAUAACAGUUAGGAGUCCAAUACCUGUUAUUUCUUUAAGAGCUUUAGAAAAAGAAAGCUGAGAUUCACAGUUAGUAUUCAAACUAUGAAAAGGAAAAUGCAGCUAAACUAAAGUUAUUUAAGAAAAAAUAGGAUGAAAAAAUAAAGGAUUUAGAGAGGAAAAAUGAUCAUGCAGAAUAUAUGAUUAAUAUCUAUGAAGAAAAAUUAAAGAAACUAAGACAUAUAAAGAAAGCUAGCAUUUGA